AUGUCUAAAGAGGAUCUCACCUGCAAGACCAGCUCUGUCUACAAACACAAAGAACGCAAGCCCAAGAAGCCCCAUUAUAUCCCACGGCCCUGGGGGAAGCCCUACAACUACAAAUGCUUCCAGUGUCCCUUCACCUGCAUGGAGAAGUCUCACCUGUACAACCAUAUGAAGUACAGCCUGUGCAAGAACUCCCUGUCCUUGCUGAUUGAGUCUGAUUGGCCGUACAAGAAAGGAAAUCUCCUACACCCCGAGCAGCUCCGCCCGCUGCAGCAAGGGCCCCGCCUCCGAGGCGGGAACCGGGAAGAGGCAGAGCCCUUUUCGGGUCUGGAGGACCAAUCAAAAAAACUGAAGCCAGAGGUGACCUUUUCAGGGGAGGAUCUGGAAGAGGGAGAAGAACUUGCAGAUCGGGAUUCAGGUCGUGGAGAGGGAGCAGAAGAAAGCCAACCGACCAAAGAGAUGAGUGAUGAAACUAACAGUCCUGUCAGAGGUAGUGCAAAGAGAUAUAAGCAGCCAGACACUGAUUUUCUGAUCACUGAUGUCUUUUCCCUGGAGGACCAGCUCCUCAAAGGUCGCUCAGUCGAGGUUGAGGCAAAGUUGAAGCACUACAAACUUUCCAAGACCUGCCUGACUGGUCCCAGUGUUCUCUCUGAGCAGUGGGGUCUGUUGGCCACUAGCCAAAGGAAGGCUAAAUCAGAAGCCAUACCUCCAAACACUGGCUCUAUACCCUGUUACCCUCCACCUCCAUCAUUCUCUGACUGCCAGGACCCAACUGGACUUAACCUCUCUGUCCUGGGUGUGAGUUACCCAUUGAGCCCGGGUCUCUUCUCCUACGUCAACCCCACAGUUCCUGGAAGUGCCCCCACUCAUGCCCAGCUCACCCAGCUCCCCUUCCUGGCUUCUGCUGCACAACUCAUGCACCCAGCCUCCAGCACACUCCCGCACACGGACAGGGCCCUCCUGCCUCCACGCUUCUACUACCCUCUCCUCUGUGAACACGCCUUUGGCGCGGCCCAGGCGGAUGCGAGCAAGGGGACCAAACCUUCCCUAUCUCCUCCAGCUAACAUGGACCCCAAGUCCCCACCUAACUACCCACCCAAGAUCAACCUUUGGAAGGUCCCUGCACUUCGACCCAGUCCCAUGGCUCCCUCUACUGCCUGGGCAUCUCAACAGCAUGUCCCCAUGUCCCCCGAAGCCAGUUACAGAGCUGUGGAGAAAAGGCUUCAGGCCUUAAGCAAGGAGGGUAAGAAUAGCUGGAGCCUCAAACCUACUCCAGAUAUGCCCUCAGUCAGAGAACUGGCUUGCAAGAGGACAGGGGUCCCACUUGAGACCCUCGAGGGUCCAUCAGAAAAGAAGGCACAACUAGGAUAUACCCUGGAUGUUUUCAAGAACAUCCAUACACCGUCACCUAUCUCUGUAGCAACCAAUAAGCUCCUCCACCAUAACAGUUUUCGGACUGCCCGGCAACAGUCUCGGUCUGUGGAAGAGUGGUACUCAGAUGUGAUGAAGAGUCCUCCAGAGAGUGUUGGCGGUGAGACGCCACCUGCACCAAUGCCAGGUAAAGUGGCUGGAAGAGCUGGCUGCCAUGAAGAUGAGAGAAAGACAGUAGAGGAGCAGGACUCAGAGUCAGCAGCAGUGCUGCUUAAAGACCUCUCCAAGGCCCUGCAGGAGUACCAGGACGCUGAGCACAAGAUAUCUCACCUCGUGAAGCAGGACAUACUGGGGCAGCACCACCUCUGGGAGCACCUGUGCAAGAUCCGCAGUGAGCUCUCCCACAUACACCAGGCCCUAGAGAAGACAGCCCGCCAAAAUGAAGGGCCCCUGGAUCUGUCUCUCAAGAAGGACCUGGAAAUGAUGGGAGAUGGAUGCAACCAGCGCAUAGGGGAAGCUACAAAGGGAGGUGUGAUUGGAGAGACUGAGGAGGAUGAAGAAGUAGAGGAAGAGGAGGAGGAAGAGGAGGAAGAGGAGGGAGAGGCCGCUGAGACAGAAGGGACAACAGACUCUUUGGAGAGACGGAGACAGUCACUGGACAUCCUGAUAAAGAUGAACCGAGCAGGGCACUCCGAGACCGGUCUGGGAGCCGUGGUGAAGGCUGAGGUGCUUUCCCCUGGUGCUCUGGGUCUGCGCCCCACUCCUCCGGAGGUACUGUGGCCCAGCCGGACCACUAAGUGUGAGGCCGACUCCAGUGUGCUUCUGUGCCCCGAUGGACGUCCCUUGGUCUUCACUGACUUCACCCCCGGUGCUAAGAACCUGAAGAGGCCUUCAUCCAGAGGGCGGUUAGGGGAGACACUGUGCCCUCCCAGCCCACUUACUGCUACUGACUCCUAG